GAUUUCGUUAUUAGUAAUUCAUUCUUGCAACACGGCUGUGAGGCGCGUCCGUACCACUUCUGAACAAUUGAGGGCAGUGUUAUGCCCACGGUGCAUGUGCUCGGCUUCACAAUUGGACGACAAAGAAGAAACUCACUUAUCUGACAGAAAAUGGCUGACUCGCAGUGUGGGGAUAGUUUCCUUCUGCUCGGAGCACAUUUUUAAAAAGGCGCCUCCUACGUUAGACCAUGCGCCGUUGUAUUUAAACAAGAGACAACACCAUGUUUAAAAAGGCGAAACGCGCUAACUUUCGACGGCGGAAUGAGUCCGACGAGGACGACCAGGAGGAGGGUCGGCAGCCCGCAGCGGCGCCGACGUCGUCGUCGUCUGGGCCUGUCGCGGAGGAAAUCCCGUUCAUGGAGACCAUAAGUGUCGGCGCUGCCGGAGCACCCGGCGGCGCGGAUACCUUCCAAAGCAACGGGGUUCAGGCCACCGUCUACGGCGGAAGAGCUGUCAAGAAGGAGAAGAAAGUCAAGGACAUUGCUGUUGUUACUGUCCCGGUGGCGGGACCCACGAAAGCCAGUUUGCUGAGUUUCGACGAUGAUGAAGAAGGAUCCGAAGUUUUCCGAGUGAAGAAAUCCAAUCACAGCAAGAAGAUUGUCAAGCAGCUGAAGAAAGAAUACAAGGAUGACCUGGAGAAGUCUGGAGUCAAACAUGAAUUCAGAUCAGAUGCACCACCUCAGCUUGCGGUUUCCAUCAAAGAAGAAGUUACCUGCAGAGCGGGUAGUGAACAGGGGGAGGAAGAAAUGGAGGUGGACAGUACCGAUGAGCAGGAGGAACAGGCGAAGAGUCAAGGUGGCCAGGCACAAGGUCAAGUCUCCAAGAGCAACAACACUGGAUCAUCGUUCAACACGCUUUCCUCUCUCGUCAGCCUGAGACCAGGGGAGAUCCCCGAUGCGGCAUUCAUCCAUGCUGCCAGAAAGCGCAGGCAACUGGCUAGAGAGCUGGGGGGUGAAGCCCCUCUUGUAGAGACAGAGACUCCAAAGAAACGCAUGGUAAGGGAAGAAGACCAAGAUGCCAGUGACGAUGAAGACGAGGAUGAGAAGAGGAUCCGCUUCAGCGGAGUCAAGAACAAAAGCCAGAGACAAAAGAUUGCUGAGGAGAUAGGUAUUGAGGGCAGUGAUGACGAGGCACUGGAUACAGGUCAGGAUCAGGAUGAGGAGGUGAGACGUUGGGAGCAGGAGCAGAUUAGGAAAGGAAUCAGCAUACCCCAGGUCCUAAGCAGCCAGCCAGAGGACAACACAGUCUACUACCAGAACAGCUAUGAGAGCCAACCUUAUGGCUCUGCCUACGGCAUGGCUUUCACCUACAGUACUGUGGCCCCGCAGACUGCCAAGCUAACCGGCCGAGCAGACAAUGGCUCUGUUCACUACGGGAUGCCUAUUAGUGAACUAACACCAAUAUCCAUUGAUCUGGUAAAGAAACGCCUGCAGGAUAGGCUCAGCCAAAUGCGCGCAGGCCACAACGCAAACGCCAGCCGCAACAAACAGAUCGAAGAAGACCUAGCUGCCUCCGAGAGCGCCAUACAGCAGCUGGAGGGCUCGUCCAAUGACAAUGCAGAUCAAUAUAAAUUCUUGCAAGAGAUGCGAGGGUAUGUUGGAGACUUGCUUGAGUGUUUCAGUGAAAAGGUGCCUGCUGUCCUGGAGCUGGAGGCUGCCAUGCACCAGUUACUAAGGCAACGUGCCUCACGACUUGUCCAGAGAAGACAGGAUGAUAUUAAAGAUGAAUCGUCGGAGUUUGCAAGCCUUUCAAGUAAAGCUGUCAUGGCUCCUAAUCUGGACUCGUUUGGUCGUGACCGCGCAGCUUACCAAGAGAACAGUCGUCAGAGGAGGAUAGCAGAAAGAGAAGCACGACGAACUCGCCGGCGACAAGCUAGAGAGCAGAAUGGAAAGAGGGCUGAGCAUAAAGAAGGCUUAUCCUCGGAUGAUGAGGAGACCUCAACUGACAUCACCAGCUUCAACAUGGAGAGAGAUCGUAUCAUCAGGGAAUGUAAGAAAGUAUUUGAUGACGUGGUGGAGGACUUUCAUUCUCUUGACUGCAUCAAAUCCCAUUUUGAAGUGUGGAGGAGAGAAUACGCCGACUGCUACAGAGACGCUUACAUAGGCCUCUGUCUGCCCAAACUCUUUAACCCGUUAGUCCGUCUGCAGCUGAUUACAUGGAACCCUCUUGAGACUCAGUGUGCAAAUUUCGAGUACAUGCUCUGGUUUGAGUCACUGUUGUUCUACGGCUUCGAGGAGCACAGCGUGUUGCAGAGAGGGGAUGGGGAUAUCAGCUUGCUGCCUGCUAUUGUGGAGAAGGUCAUCCUCUCCAAACUGACAGCGUUGGCAGAGCAAGUGUGGGACCCGCUGUCAAACAGUCAAACAGCCGGGCUGGUGGGCUUCAUUCACAGACUAAUGAAAGGUUAUCCCACUGUGCUACAUGGGGACAACAGAUACACACAGGAGCUUUUGAAAACUAUUGUCUUCAGGACCAGACGGACUCUGGAUGAAGAUGUCUUCCUUCCACUCUACCCCAAAAGUGUGUUGGAGAACAAGAACGGCGGCCCCUACUUAUUCUACCAGAGGCAGUUCUGGUCCUGUGUUAAGCUACUGGGCAACAUCCUCCAGUGGGAAGGAAUCUUCUCCAGUUCUUGUUUGAAGGAUCUGGCACUGGACAGCACUGUGAAUAGAUACAUCCUCUCUGCACUGCAGACCACGGACACUGGAGCGGACAAUGUCCCAAAGUGCCAGAAGGUGGUGGAGUGUCUGCCAGUGCAGUGGUUCUCUGGACUGAAGGGCCAGCACACGUUGCCUCAGCUGGAGCCAUUCUGUCGCUACCUCACCCACAUGGCCAACUCAUUGUACCGCAGCAGUUUGGGCGGGUCUGAUGUAGAUCGACGCACUGCCAAGGACCAAGUCAAAGAGGUUGUGAAGAUGUUGGGCCACAUGAAUGCCCUGGACCACAUCCUCGCAGUGGCAGCAGAGCAUGGCAUUAAAGACAUCAAGCCUCUUUUGGAAGCCAAGUCGUAGAGGAGGACAUGGCAAUAGCAACUUUUCAUACAUCUUUUGUCGUGUACAGCACAUUGAAGCCAUGGGAACACUAAAGUUGGAUUGCUGGAGAGAGAGAGAGAGAACUGCAUAAAUGGAUUUGAAAUAAAAUGUUACUGUUGCUACCUUGCCUGGAAAGAGAAGGGUAAAAGACCUUGGUGUAAAUAUUGUGAAUAAUGUAUAGAAAGGUGUGCUCAUAUGCUCAACACAAGACUGAUGCUGAAAUAAGGCCUUGUAUCGUCGGCUCAAAAGACCCUUCAGUUGUUCAUGCUGGCAAUAUUUUAAAUGCAUAAUUUAUUCAGAAUAAACAAUUGUUGAUAUGGCUAACUGACACAUGUUUGGGAAAUGUCUGCUCUCUAAAUUGACACCAUAGUUAACCUGGCUAUCUGUAAAAACUGCUUUACCACCAUUCUCUCACAUACUCUACUUUUAUGUGCCAAAUUAACUUUCUAGUUGCCCAAAAGGUAGAUAUGCUCCCUGGCAUGAACUGAGAACCACCUGGUCUCCCGGUACUCUGAGACAGUUGAUAUGGUUUUUGUUCUUUCACCGCCACUUUCCCCAUCUGUGUCACCUAUGGACUUCCCAGAUGACCCCGACCACAGCUGAGCGCUUUGUAUUGAAUUUUGUAAAACAAUUUUGUGUUAAUAUUUUAUUUGCCUGUGAAUAAAAUAUUCAUUU